AGGGGACCUAGCGGUUGGACUUGUCCACAUUCCGCGCCAUGUGUUCUGUGGGUCGUUGCUACUGCUAUUACUUUCACUAAAUGGAUUACUGAGUGUUAACCAAAUCAAUGCUCUCUAAUUUUCUUUCAAAGAUUUCUUCAUACACGCUCAAGUGACCCAAUUCUUACCACUUUCCAAGGAAAACCCAUUACAUUAAAGAAAGAAAGCGGCAAAAAUGAAGGCCGUCAUGUCACGCUUGAAGCUGCAGUCGAGGGCUUCAUUUCCCCGGCUCUGUUCACUGGUUGUGUUGAAAAAUGGGAGAUCAUUGUCUAUAAGUUCUGAUAAGGUUGAUGGUGCACCAAAAGUUCAGGAAGUGGAGACAGUAAAAACUCCUCCAAUGGAGAAGCUACUUGUUUUGGGAGGAAAUGGAUUUGUUGGUUCACAUGUAUGCAGAGAAGCUUUAGGCCAUGGUUUGACUGUAUCCAGUCUUAGUAGGUCUGGUAGAUCAUCUCUACAUGAUUCUUGGGCUGACAGCAUAGUCUGGCAUCGAGGAGAUUUGCUUUCACCCGAUUCCUUAAAGCAUGCACUAAAUGGAGUAACCUCUGUGAUCUCAUGUGUUGGCGGUUUUGGCUCAAACUCUUAUAUGUACAAAAUUAAUGGAUCUGCAAAUAUAAAUGCUAUUAAAGCUGCCUCAGAGCAAGGUGUAAAAAGAUUUAUCUAUAUAUCUGCUGCAGAUUUUGGUUUGAUAAAUUAUCUACUACGAGGAUAUUAUGAAGGAAAGAGAUCAACUGAAGCUGAACUAAUGAAAAACUUUCCACGUGGAGGUGUUUUUCUUAGGCCUGGAUUCGUACAUGGGACGCGCCGAGUUGGAAAUGUGAAGUUGCCUUUAAGUAUAGUAGGGGCUCCACUUGAGAUGGUACUCCAACAUGCGAAGCUACUGACCCGAAUCCCACUCAUUGGCCCUCUCUUUAUACCUCCAGUCCAUGUUAGUUCAGUUGCAAAGGUUGCUGUUAGAGCUGCAACAGAUCCAGCUUUCCCUCCUGGCAUUCUUGAUGUGUACAGUAUAUUACAGCGUAGCCGAUAAUCUCCUGUUUAGGCCUUAAUCAUAAGUAUCUGCCUUGCGAUUGUUCUGAAAGAGCUUGAUCAUGUGCUUCCUUGUUAACCAAGCUUCUGUAUUCGUGGAGGUGGCUUUGUAGUCGCUUUGUUUUAAAUAAAGUAGCUAGGAUUAAUUUGUUUUAAAAAAUAGUUUAAAUUUUAUAAAUUUUUGUAUUUUAAUUAUCUCAAAUUUCUAUACAAUGAUAUUCAUUUUAUUAA